GUCAAAGGGAAGCAAGGCGUUCAUGGGAAAGACGGAAUAAAUGGAACAAAGGUAUGGGUUCCAUCGGAUUUAAGAGCGCAAGUAAACCUGGGUUGUGACUCACACAAAACUACCCAUAAUUACCAUCUAUAUGUUGCUACGUUCCUUGGGUUUGGAGGCAAUGCGGCCCGAGACAGAUACACAAAGUUUGUCAUCACCAAGAAUAAAACACUGAACAUUGACGAAACUGGUGCUUAUCUCGAUCCAUGUUUACCCGCUGAAUGCACAGAGCAAGGAACUUACAAGGGAAAGAAAUACAACUUUCUUGGAACAGGAGAAUAUGUCAAAUGUAAAGAGCUGAUUCUUCCGCUACUCAACCGUACCAGGCCCUGCCCGAAAAAGCCGUGUUCGUUUAACGCGGUCUAUCAGCCUCGUAUUGAUUACGAGACCGUGAAAUUUUACGGAUUCUCCGAGUACUGGUAUUCAAUGCAUGAUGUCUUGAGAAUCGGGGGACAGUACAGUGCAAGCAGCAUGAAGCAAGCUGUAGAGGAGUUCUGCAGCACAAGGUGGUCAGUUCUGGUGUCACGUCAUUCUAAGGGCCUGUACCCCUUUGCUGAUGAUCAUAGGCUCAAAUUUCAGUGUUUCAAAGCAGCUUGGAUGACCACAGUUCUUCAUGAAGGCUUCAAUUUUCCUCAAAACUACAGCAAUUUACGUUCAGCCUUCUACAUUCGCGGCAAAGAAGUGCAGUGGACACUCGGCGCCAUACUCUAUCGAACCAGAUUUCUCCCUCUGAGGGAAGUUCAGUUGCACUCGCAGUACAAGAGCUCUUACCACGCUAUCUGGAGUUACGCCAGUGACCUUCAGUUUCGUUUCAUUCUCCUCGUUUGUAGCAUAACAGUCUUAGCCGCUAUCUUGCUCUACUGCCGGCGUCUACGGCGCAUGAGCAAGAAUUCUAGUAUCUGGCAUUUCGACUCAUCGCCUGUACUUUACAAAGUUGAUGUGAUACCCAGCAUAGAGAAGAUUCCAAUGAUAUAACAUAAAGUGGACCCGUGUAGAAAGCCAUACUAACAUA